GUCGGUCCUAAUUUGGAUAGUGGUAAGGGCUAUGGAGUGGCCACACCCCCUGGCUCGGAUCUGCGCGACCGACUGAACCUCGCCGUGCUGGAGCUGAAGGAGAUGGACUGGAUCGCCCAGCUCUACCGUCUGUGGUGGGAGGAACGAGGAGAGUGCGGGCGGAUGUCCACGUCAUCCGAUCGUUCUAACACGGUGGUUUUUGAAUUGAAUCAGAAGAACUCUGGCACAAGUUCGCUCGGAAUUGACAGCGUGUACGGACUCUUCUACCUCCUGUCUGGCGCCCUUGUGAUUGGAGUGGUGUUGGCCGUCAUGGAGUUCGUCUACCGUUGCGCUGUCGACGCCAAACGAACAAAGGCAAGCGAUAACUUUGCGCACCUCUUAGAAGACUACUGCUACCAUUCUGUUAUUUUUAGUAGUAAAUCCGGUUUCUUUAAGUCUACACAUCACGAAACCUCUUCUCCCAUUGCUCACACACCUCUCAAAAUCGAUUUUCGAAGCUUCGCCGAGGUGUUCUGUGAGAUGGUUCGUCACGCAGCAGGCAGCAGUCGAGCGCACCUGAAAAUUCCGAUGACCUUCCGAGCGUCGUCUGCGAAGGCCGCGGCAACAGCACCAGACAGCAACAAUCAACCCCACGACCUCUCCACCACUGUUCUCACCUGCGACAACACCAACGAAGACUCACCUGGGCGGCAGAACUUUGUGCAACACUUCUACCCCCCCGCCACAUGGCGGGGCAGGCGGAAUGAGUCCCAGGAACGAAUCAAUUAUUGUCUGUGA